GCCAAUGUUAUAUCCAAGGCCAGCUACAAUGACCAUGAUGCUUUGCGCAUUUUCACAUUUACUGCAUGCUUUUUGUGACAGUUAAUGGCCACUCUUAAAGCACCAAACAAAAAAUAAUAAUUACCUUUUCAUAAUGGGAAUUUGUUUGUGUCUUCAAAGGAGUACGAAACAAAGUCAGAACGAUGGGGGUUCGCAUUAUUACCUAGGUUCGAAUCCAACAACCGCAAACAAUGCGGCAAAGUACCUUUGUCACCAAACGCUUGAAGUUACGAAUAAUGGAACUACUGCCGAUAUUGCUCCAACGAACGUCAAUCAAGUGACACUGUACAACCUCGGUCCUAAAAAUUCUCUUGCCGUCUCGAGGAAUGUUGUGACUGAUAUGCAUAUGACUUGUGUAGCUGCUCAAAAUAAUGCAAUUACAUCAGCAAUAUCUACCGUGUCUCCUGGGGGAAUCGGGGUCCAGGCAAGACCUUUGGUACAGGUCCGCGCUCUUUAUUCGUAUCAAGGCCACAACCAAGAUGACCUGUCGUUCCAGAAAGGAGAUAUAAUGUUUGUUAUAUCUGGUAUGUCUGAUGCAUGGUGGUUUGCAAGACAUUCCGACACUGGAAUGAGUGGAUACAUACCCAGUAACUACGUCUGUCUGAAUGAUGGACUUCCAACUAGCUUGGAUGCCUGGUAUGACAUAGGUCGACGUGAAGCUGAUCGAAAACUUUUGCUUGUGGGGAACCCCAAAGGAACAUACCUUAUUAGACCUAGUUCAGAAACCCAGAAUUAUGCACUCUCUGUUCGACAUUAUGACUCCGAAAAAAAUAUGUGGGUUGUAAAACACUAUCGCAUUCGGAUCCUUGAUAAUAACGGUGGCUUCUUUAUUAGUAUUCGCACGACCUUCCCGAAUAUUCAGGAACUCAUAAAUUAUUAUACAGUGGAUAAAACCGAAACAGAUCUUGGACCUUAUAGUCGCACACGAACACAAAACAGGUAA